AUCCGUGCGUAAAGACGCACUGAAGACGGAUUUUUUUAAAAAGUCGCUUUUACGCGUUUUUUCCCUUCUCUUUCUUGAGGAGCACCAGCAGGAGAAGAAUGCUGGCGAGAAAAAGCAUCAUCCCGGAGGAGUUCGGUCUCCCGGGGCUCGCCUCCCGGAUGCCCCGCAAGCCGGUGUUCAGGGACCGCGUGAACAAGGCGCGCUUCAUCGCCAAAAACGGCUCCUGCAACUUGGCGCACAAGAACAUCCGCGAGCAGGGCCGCUUCCUGCAGGACGUCUUCACCACGCUGGUGGACCUCAAGUGGCGCUUCACGCUGGUCAUCUUCACCACCACCUUCCUCAGCAGCUGGCUGCUGUUCGCCAUGAGCUGGUGGCUGGUGGCGUUUGCGCACGGAGACCUGGACCUGGAGCGGGAGACCGGGACCUACUGCGUCAACGACGUCAAGUCGUUCACGUCGGCCUUCCUGUUCUCCAUCGAGGUUCAGGUGACCAUCGGCUUCGGAGGACGGAUGAUAACGGAGCAGUGUCCCACCGCCAUCACCGUCCUCAUAAUGCAGAACAUCGUGGGACUCAUCAUCAACGCCGUCAUGCUGGGUUGUAUCUUCAUGAAGACGGCUCAGUCCAACCGGCGAGCGGAGACGUUGAUCUUCAGCCGCCACGCCGUCAUCGCCGUCAGGAACAACAGUCUGUGCUUCAUGAUUCGUAUCGGAGAUCUGAGGAAGAGUAUGAUCAUCGGAGCCACCGUCAGGCUGCAGGUGGUGAGGAAGACGACGACCCCGGAGGGCGAGGUGAUCCCCAUCCACCAGAUCGACGUGCAGACGGAGAGCGCCGUGGCCAGUAACAGCCUCUUCCUGCUCGCCCCGCUCAUCAUCUGCCACAUCAUCGACAAGACCAGCCCGCUGUACGACCUGUCGGCCAUGGAGCUGCAGUGCAGCGACCUGGAGGUGAUCGUCAUCCUGGAGGGCGUGGUGGAGACGACCGGCAUCACCACGCAGGCCCGCACCUCCUACGUCUCCGAGGAGAUCCAGUGGGGUCACCGCUUCGUCCCCAUCGUCACCGAGGAGGAGGGCGUCUACUCCGUCGACUACUCCAAGUUCGGCAACACGGUCAAGGUGUCGACGCCGCGCUGCAGCGCCAGAGAGCUGGACGAGAAGCCGUCCAUCCUGAUCCAGACGCUGCAGAAGAGCGAGCUGUCGCACCAGAACUCUCUGCGGAAGAGAAACUCCAUGCGGCGCAACAACUCCAUGCGUAAGAGCGCGGCGAGCAGCGGCGGCCUGCGCAGGAACAACUCGGGGCUCGCCACCACCAAAGUCCAGUUCUUCACCCCGACCGAGGUGGGCCAGAACCCCAACGCCAUCACCUGACAUGAGGCCGGCCUCCUGCUGGCGGCCCUGCUCCCCCUGGUGGCCAGGAGGAUUGUGGGUGUUGGAGUUUCUCCUGCUCUGAUGGGACUCGUUGUGUUUCUGUUCCCGGCCGUGUCGCGGCUCGUCUGCCAACACUGUUACUGCUAACGGCGUGAUUUUAUUAUUAUUCUAGAGUCGUUCCUCCUCACCGAUCACUGAAGCAAUAAUUACAAACGUUGGUCCUUUGUGUCUGUUUUAACGUUCUGAGGGAGAAAUAUUUUCUUCUAACUGAUUAAAGUCACAGUUUAUCUACUAGUUGUAGUAACUAGUGGCGAUCAAUCACUGUACUGUAUGUGUGUGUGUUUCACUUUGUCUUGUGUGUUAUUUGAUAAUAAACAAACUCACAUCUUCAUCUUAA